UAAACUGCUUCAUAGUUUAAGUGCAGGGCAGUACCCAGCUGUCAAUGCUUUUGAGAGUUAAAGGAACACGACGUUUCUUAUCAACCGCUUCAACUUUUAAAUCCAUCUGACAAACAUGGUUGUUCCUGGGCUUCAAGAAAAGAACAAGAAAGUAUACUUUCCUCCAGAAGAUUUGCAAAAGGUUGCCCAUGUGCCUGAUUUUAACUCAUAUCUUGCAAUGUACAAAAGGUCCACUGAAGAUCCUGAAGAGUUCUGGAGGGAGGUUGCUCAGGAGUUUUACUGGAAGAAACCUCCGACAGGCCAGAUCCUGCAGUAUAACUUUGAUAUGACAAAGGACCAGGUUUACAUCAAGUUCAUGGAGGGAGCAAAGACCAAUAUGUGCUACAAUGUGCUAGACCGCAACGUGCUAGACCGGAACCUGGGCGAGAAAGUGGCUUACCACUGGGAAGGGAACUCACCUGACCAUCACCUUACCAUCACAUACAGUCAGCUACUAAAGGAGGUGUGCAGAUGUGCUAAUGCGCUCAAGCAGCUGGGUAUAAAGAAAGGAGACAGAGUGGCCAUUUAUUUGCCUAUGAUCCCCGAGCUUGUGUUCACCAUGCUAGCCUGUGCUCGAAUAGGGGCAGUGCAUUCCAUUGUGUUUGCAGGGUUUUCUUGCGAGUCUCUGGCUGAAAGGAUCGUGGACGCUCAGUGUAGCAUCCUGGUGACGGCAGACGGCGUUUACAGGGGAGAUAAACUGAUCAACCUGAAGCAGAUUUCAGACCUUGCUUUGGAGCACUGCAGAGAAAAAAGCUCCUUUACAGUCCAGAAAUGCCUUGUAGUAAAACAUCAUGCCUUCAGGAUAACCAGUACCUGCAAUAAGCUACAGACACCGUGGAAUGCAGAGUGUGAUGUGUGGUGGGACGACGUUGUGAACAGUGCAUCAGAGGAGUGUGAGCCUGAGUGGCUGGAUGCUGAAGACCCACUCUUCAUCCUCUACACCAGCGGGUCCACGGGCAAACCCAAGGGCAUACUGCACACGAUUGCUGGCUACCUGCUCUACACAUCUCUUACGUUCAAACACGUCUUUGAUUAUCACCUUGACGAUGUGUAUUGGUGCACCGCAGACAUUGGCUGGAUCACAGGCCACUCCUACAUCACAUAUGGUCCAUUAGCCAACGGUGCGACAAGUGUGCUGUUUGAAGGCAUUCCGGUCUACCCUCACGUGGGCAGGAUUUGGGAGAUCAUAGAGAAGCACAAAGUAUCUAAGUUCUACACAGCGCCCACUGCCAUCAGGCUGCUUAUGAAGUUCGGAAGCGAGCCACUGCAAAAAUAUGAUGUGUCAAGUUUGCGUGUACUGGGAACCGUAGGAGAGCCAAUAAAUCCUGAAGCCUGGCUCUGGUACCACAAUGUCGUAGGUCAGGGUAGAUGCCCCGUGGUCGACACCUUUUGGCAGACUGAGACGGGAGGUCAUGUUCUGACUCCAUUGCCUGCAGCAACACCACUAAAGCCAGGAUCUGCAACAUUACCGUUUUUCGGUGUGCAGCCCACAAUCCUGAACGAGCACGGAGAGGAGCUGGAUGGAGAGGCCGAGGGCUACCUGGUUUUCCGGAAACCCUGGCCGGGCAUCAUGCGGGGCAUCUAUCAAAAUCAAGAACGAUUCCAGAACACUUACUUCAAAAAGUUUCCAGGGUUUUAUGUGACAGGAGAUGGAUGCAGGAGGGACAAAGAUGGCUAUUACUGGAUCACUGGCAGAAUAGAUGACAUGCUGAAUGUCUCAGGGCACUUGCUUAGCACUGCCGAGGUGGAGGCGGCGUUAUCAGAACACCCAGCUGUGGCUGAAGCAGCCGUGGUCAGCUGUCCUCACACCGUCAAGGGCGAGUGUCUCUACUGCUUCGUCACGCUUAAGGACAGCCGAGAAUUUAACCGCACACUCAUAGAGGAGCUCAAGAGGAAAGUGAGAGAGAAGAUUGGUCCGAUAGCCACUCCAGAUUUCAUCCAGAAUGCCCCAGGACUCCCCAAAACCCGUUCAGGGAAGAUCAUGAGACGUGUCCUGAGGCAGAUCGCUCGAAAUGAAAAGGACCUAGGUGACCUUUCAACUCUGGCUGACCCCAAAGUUGUGGAAGUGCUCUUCAGUCAGAGGUGUGAAGCAGCAGCAUGAGAGCUUUAAGCCGUUUCUCAUGCCUUUACAACUCAUCCUGGAACAUUUAUUUUACUUUAUCUGUGAGCGAUAUAUAAAAAUUAGCACACAAACAGACACGAGAACAAUUUUGAUUGAAUCACGGGUUUCAAAGCUUCUGAUGUAUAACUGAUGUUGUGUUCCUUUAUCUCAAGAAAUUUCCCAAACAGAGAGGUCAUGUAGAUGUCCUUGUCUUUCCAUUAGCUCCAGAAUCUGACACGACAACCCUUAAAUGAAUUACAGAAAUAAUCUAUA